AUGGCGGCGCAGGCGGCUGUCAUGUCGCACCAGAACCAUUCACGUCAACGCUCGCAGACAGUACCUUUCCCUGGCGAUCCGAACGACGGUGUGCGACGAGGGAGCGGUAGCAAAGGUCCCACGAGUCCGCCUAUGUUGAGUUUGACCGAGGCGAGUGCGCCGCGGGAUACCGGGUUCGUGAAUCAUGGUGGAUAUGGCGGGCCUCACUCCUCUGCUGCCACAGCGGCUGCGAAUGUUGUUUUCCCUCGAUCUGGUCACACGUCUCCUAGGGUAUCACCUCAACCAUAUUCACAACCGCCUGCACCACCACCCCCUGUGUCGGAAAAGCCAAGUAAAAUAGAAAAGUCCAAAGUCAAGCUUUUCUCUCGUCCAGGCAAGAUCAGCACAAAGGGCGAGUCGAAGGAAAAGCCGCUCCCGAGUCCAGGAAAGAUUGGCUCUGCGCUAUCAGCUCUUCAGCGUGGGAACUUUAGUACAAACAGCUUGGUUGAUCCAAGUAAUCAAUCCAUAUACAACCUCAACAACUCAUCUUCGGCGACCAUACGACCUAUCGAAACGCCUACUGAAGAAAGAGAGAAGGACAAAGAGAAGGGCAAGGAAAAGGAGAAAAAGCAUCACUUCCUAUCGCGACAGAAGCACAAACUUAAAGAUGAAUACCACCUCCCGUUAUCAUCGGCGGCCAGCAACUCUCGUCCAACAGAUCCCAACGCACCAAACCCUUUAUACAACUUCAAUAUCCCACCAAGCCCAGCGCCCACAUCUUCCACUUUUGCCAAAGCAAAAAAGGACAAGAAGCUCGCUGAACGAUCAGACAGCAGGCUAGAUGGCGAGUCGAGUUUUAAUGGGCAAAGCGAGUGGCCCGGACCCAGCAGUCUGCCAUCCCUGUCUCAACAAUCGACCAUGUAUGAUCCCAUUGAUCCCGGAAAGCUAGGCCUCCAUAACCAUAUGUCGCUGGACGAUGCGUGGCCAUACUUGAGAGCCAAGCUGCUGGUCAUCUUUGAGGGCGAGGAUCUGCGUCUUCCUAUAGAAGACUUCAAUCGUGUUGUACAAAUGCAUAUCCAAUGGUGCAUGCAUAGACGCUCACCAAACACCAUGCUGGAAGAUUUGCGAGAUCUCCUACACACAGGGUUCCUGUCACUUGAUCGAACGUUGCGGCAGACCCCUGAGGAUCGCUUUAUCCCAACGCUUGUGGAGCUUUGGAUGUUUACCUUCACCUCCAUCUUGCCGUAUAUGCAGGCCGUCUUCCUCCCGCUGGAUCUCGAGGUGUCGGGAUGUGGCACACUUAUGACCGGAGAGCAAGCCCGUGACUUUUGGGGUGGUGCUAUCGCUUCUUCAUUUGGUUCAGGAGGACCAGCUCGUGUGGCGCCAGCACCGUCAGUUCUUGAUGUAAGAAGGCUAGUCCUCAUCGCUUACAGAGAUACUGUCAUUCUACCACGUUACGACACACUCAAGACUAUAUUUUCACGGCUGUCUCUCGAAUUCUUACCAUCAUCACUAGCAAGCAUAGCAAUGUCCUCUACACCUGAAGCGGCACUAUCCACUUCACCUUCCGAAUCGUUCGGCCGUCCUGGCACAGCAAUGUCUCUUGAUCCAUCCAACGCUUCUUACAACUCCACAAGCACGACCCUCCUUGGAGAAGGUUCCGCUGGAGGUCGCAGUCGCGCCAUCAGCAAUGUCAGCUUCGGUAGUCACGGCAGUGAUGGGGGCUUGAGGCCGUUCACACCCUCAGGAAGCGAAAGAAUUCCACCCGUGCCUUCCUUGGGCAGUCUACGGGAACGUGAGCAGAACGUUGAAGACUCGAAGCACAUCACCGAAAUGGUUGGUCGAAUGCUGCAGUGCAUGAGUGUCUUGUCGGGCGUGUCGGCGGGUGAUGUUGGUGCCGAAGGGAACGAGAGGGUCGUGGAGCUGUGUGAAGGAGAGAUCACCAUAAGUGUCGCGUUAUGUCUAGUCCGCGCAUCUUCUUGCAUGGGUAGAGAGUAUGCAGGGACUUUUACAGCAGUUUUAUAUGGUGUCAUGAUACACAUUCACAUCAUGACUGCCUUCAACAUUCUUGUUUACAUGAUUCACGCGGUUCAGACUGAUACAGAUUGA